UUCAGAUCCAACCUUUUUCUUCUACUUCUUCUUCUUCUUCCCAAUCUCUCCUAGUCUAAAGACCAUGAAUUCUGAGGGAGUGUCACUACCGCUGUUCCACGAACAUCUUAUGAUGCCUUGGAAUGAUAUGAGGAGAGGCGACUGCUGUAGACGCUUUGAAGCUAUCAGUGACGGUUACUAUUGCAAGUUCUGCGACUUUUUCGUCCAUGAAAAAUGUGCGGAGUUCUCUGAAUAUAUCGAACACCCAUCUCACUCCAUUCAUACUCUUCGGCUUCGAAAUAGACCACGUCAUGUAUGUGAUUUAUGUGGAAGGUCCAUAAAGGAUCUAUGCUUUUGUUGUGAUCUUUGUGACUUCGACGUGGAUUUAUACUGUGCAAAGCACCCACCACCGGAGGUUAUUGACAUCUCCGAGACGCAUCACCACAAGCUCACCCUUCUCAAGGACAUGAAGCUGAUCCAGUUCGUUUGUGAUGCUAAAUGUGGGAAGGUUUCUUAUGGGUUUCCAUACAAAUGUCUUGAAUGUGAUUUAGCCUUCCAUGUGGAUUGCGUAUGGCAACCGUCAGAGGCUAAGCAUCCCUCACAAGUAAGCCACGCUCACCACUCCUUACAUACUCUUAAGCUUCUUACUGGUCAACCACCGGCUUAUUCUGAUGGAAAAUGUCGUCUUUGCGGAAGAAAAGUUGAUGAUGAAAUGUUUUAUCAUUGUUCGUCGUGUAACUUGACUUUGGAUAUGCGUUGUGUUUUACACCCACCACCGCAGUCUCUUUUGGAUUUGAAAACUCAUGAUCACCAACUCAUCCUUCUCCCAAGACUCAUCUCUUUUACAUGUAAUGCUUGCGGCUUGAAGGGUGAUCGAAGCCCUUACGCUUGUUUUGUAUGUGAUUUCAUGAUCCAUAAAGACUGUUUUGGCCUUCCACGCCUCAUAAACAUCAAUCGACAUGAUCAUCGUGUUUCUCGUACUUCUCUUCUCGGAGUCGUAAAUUCUGUGUGUGGGGUUUGUCGGCAGGAGGUGGAUUGGACUUGUGGAGGUUAUCUUUGUCAGAGGUGUCCUGGCUAUGUCGUUCAUUCUAAAUGUGCUACAAGAAAAGAUGUGUGGAACGGGAAAGAACUUGAAGGAGAGCCUGAAGAAACAGAAGAUGUAGAGCCAUAUGUGGUUAUAGAUGACAACACAAUACAACAUUUUAGCCACAAAGAGCAUUACCUAAGGCUCCACGUUAAUGGUGUUCUAUGUGAGGACAACAAGCGAUGCAAUGCAUGCAUUGAUCCCAUAUCUUUUCAACCCUUCUAUUGCUGUAUGGAUUGUGAUUUCAUUCUUCACCAAAACUGUGCUCAAUUGCCUAGAAAGAAACGGCAUGUUCUACACAAUGAACGACUUACAUUAGUUACAAGCGAGACCAAUUUCUUCACAUGUGAGGCUUAUUUUAGAAUGUCCAAUGGUUUCAGAUAUCAGGGUGGGAAUAAGACAUUUGAUGUUAGGUGCGGUUCAAUUUCUGAGCCAUUUGUUCAUCCAAGUCAUCCUCAUCAUUCCUUAUAUUACAUUUCACCAGAGAACAAUGAAAUAUGCAAUGGUUGCAACAAGAGAGCAAAUUUUGUGCUUAGAUGCAUUGAAGAUAGUUGUGGGUUUGUCUUGGACUUCAGAUGUGCCACGUUACCACAAAUGGUAAAGCAUAGAAUUGACGAUCAUCCUCUCUCACUAUGCUAUGGUGAAAAGGCGAGUGGUAAAUAUUGGUGUGACAUUUGUGAGAAAGAAACCAAUCCGAAGACAUGGUUUUACACGUGCAAAGAUCACUGGGCCAGUUUGCAUAUAGAGUGUGUGCUCGGAUUCUUUACAGGGCUCAUGCCAAGAAGCACACUAGACCUUUUACAUAUAUCAGUUGAGGUGAUGCUCAAUAAUGGUGUAUCUCGGCCAUUAUGCGGGUAUUGUAAAUCUCGUUGCAUGAAUCCUAUCAUCUUGAAGACGAUCGGAACCUCAAACUCAUACUUUUGCUCUUUACGAUGCCCUAUUUUGUACUCAAAGCCCGUGCGAAUGAUGUGAAGAUAUAUUGUUGAAGCCCGAGAUGAAAUGAACUAAUAAAGUAUGAUGAUAAAUCGUUGGUUUUUUUUUCUUCUUCUUUUACAAUUAA